GCAGUACUAGGAACUAUGACUUCGACGCAACACCUAGCAGAUCCAGAUCCUACCUCCGUCUAACUCUUUCUCGGAAAGAACGAACGACAUCGCGUGACACCAUUUCUUAAUUCUCGACGCAAGAGAACACAACGAGGACAGCGCUAUGAACAAAAUGCGUCUGUUGUACGCCCUUGCUUUUCUACCCCAGGCUCAUGUGGCAACGGGGUACCGUCUGCUUGCAAGUAGUCCGACGUCGAAGUCGAACGCAGCCAAAAGGCCAGGACCCUUACUCGCGGGCGGGUCUGGCGAUGUCGUCGCAGUAACAUGUUCUUCCUCCCCACCAGAAGAGCAACAAUUUAUGCGAGAGUGAACGUGAAUGCGAAACUAAUCGAAAGUCACGAAGAAACUAGAAAAAGCCUGAGCAUCUUCGUUACCAGCUACGUAUCUCAAUGUCGAUAUGAAAUAAGUUUGACAGUGGUUAAUACAACCUUGUUCUCAACAUUGAAAAAGAGAAAUCAGCAUAGUGGUCACUCUCACUCGCAUUUCAGAUAUUAUCUACUUCCCUGUCUAGUGGCUCCCUCCCUUCCUCUAAGCACUCCUUGGUUGACCAAAGCUAUCGUUCUGCGUUCUGUGUUGCGUCUAUGCAGCAACCUUAUGCGGACAUGAAACAAAUCCCUGCGCAGUCGCUUACUCAUUGCCGCGCUGACGCACAUUUAGUCUCCACAGCCUUGAAGAAUAAACGUUUCCAGACGUGGAAAACUCUUGUCGGCUACUCGCAGACCCGAAAUAUGAAGGGCAAGGUCGUAUCCCGCCCUCCACUGCUCAAGAAGCAGCUUCUUGCGGAAUUUGAGGAGUUUAAGAGGAAGGAACUGUAAAAAGAGUAUCCUUUUAUUUUCAGGAGUAGUAGUUGUAAGUUGGUUCUCAUUCUGCGCCGAAUUCAUUUCUAGAUUCUACUGGUAUUUCUUCAGGCACCACCCAUCUUAUAUACUUCAUGUUCUGGACAAGAUUUCCAUCCCCUUUCAUUCCCUGGCUCGCUGCUGGUGUCGAUCAGAAGCGCGCAGUCUUUGUCUUCUUCGCCAGCUGUCACGGCUAUUGUGCCCACAACGAAGCCAACGACCGCAAGGGUGCUCUCAUAGUAAACAGUGCUCGCAACCCUCUCCUCUCUGAAACAGUGUGUUUUUUCGAACUAACGCGACUCUGGAAAAAACAUUUGGACCAGGUUGGAGAGAAGUUUGCUGCAGAGGAAGGAGAAGCAGUAGUGGAAGUGGAUGGUGAAGGAGAAGAAGAAGAUGGAAAGGAGUGCGAAGAAGUCGUAGCGGAAGUGGAUGCUGAGGACGAAGAGGACAAAAAAGUAGAAGCAGAAAAUGUAAUGAAUCUGGAAGAUGCAGAAGAUGCGCCGGAUAUGGCCGUUAACGAAGUAGUAGAGGAUAUUGCGGCUGCGGGUGCUGAAUCUGAUGAACAAAGACGGAGACAGGGAAAGGAAGAUGAUGAGUGCAGCAGAAACUCUGUCCCUGACGACGCGCUGGAGGACGACGAGGGAGAAGAAGAAGAGGAAAACAAUGACGAUGACGAAGUAGAAAACCCGAAGCCAUUCGACCACCGCUUAGUCCUGGUUCUUGAUAGUUGCUACAGCGGAAAAAUUGUGAAGCAUUUGAAAGACCUAGUGUCCACUGUUAGGCGGGAAUCACGUGCAGGGCGAUGGGAGGCCAUUGGAGUUGAGGACCUGAACAUUGCUGUCCAAUCUGCUGGCGAUGCGAGACAGGCAGUAUACGAAACCGAAUCGAACCAUGGUGGUCACAAAUACAGUGUUAAGGUCUCAAGUACAGUGUUAAGGUCACAAGUAAUUACAGUCUUAAGGUCACAAGUACAAGUACAUUAUUAAGUUUAAGGGCACAGGGUGAAAAGUUCAAGUGUAUCAUCUUUCUAACACUUAAUCUCUUCUUCUAACUUUAGCGGUGCGUUAG